UGGUCGCCAUAUUUGUUGAGAUUGAUCUCACUUCCUUGAAGAAAGACGACAGAAAAAACAAAUUAUGGCCGAUUAUGAGGGGCAAAUUUCGGAUCAGGAAAAGCUUCGAAUAGCUGAAGACUUUAUAAAACACGCCCCUCCGGGAGAGUUUAACGAAGUUUUUAAUGACGUUCGAGUGCUCUUCGACAACGAUUCACUGUUAAAAAGUGGUGCAGCUAGUUCUUUUCAACAAUACAACAAAGAGCAAUUCACACCAGUUAAAGUUGAAGGUGCAGAGCAUCAGGUUUUAGUGACAUCACAUGGCGAGCUUCCGGAUGGGACAUUUCUUGAUCCUAAAUCCAAGCAGAAGUUUAGUUAUGAUCAUUUAAGAAAGGAGGCAAGCAAUGCUGAACCCAUAGAUGUAGAUCAGGAGGCUGAGCCAUGGAGGGAACAGCUAGAUAGCGAGUAUAGAAAAUACAUCCAAAGCCAUUAUCCACAUGGCAUUUGCACGAUUUAUGGGAAGAAUGUCAAUGGAAAUAUCACAUUAAUUGCAUGUUGUGAGGACCAUCAGUUCCAGCCCCAGAACUUUUGGAAUGGUCGGUGGAGGGCAGAGUGGACAAUAUCAUUUCAAGGUCCUGGCUCAACAUCAGAACUGAAGGGAAUAAUCAAAGUACAGGUGCAUUACUAUGAGGAUGGCAAUGUCCAGUUGGUCUCCUCAAAAGAAAUCACUUCAGAAAUAAAAGUUACGAGUGAAAGUGGAACAGCAAAAAGUAUAGUUGAUGUGAUAAAAGAAGAAGAAGAAAACUUUCAGAAAGCAUUAUCUGAGAACUAUAGCACUAUGUCUUCAACGACAUUCAAGGCAUUGCGUAGGCAACUACCUGUGACCAGAACUAGAUUGGACUGGAAUAAAAUUGCUGGCUACAAAAUUGGUCAGGAACUCAAGACAACCUCAUAAACAAACACUAAAUAAUCGUACAAGAAACUUGAUUUAAUUGUGGAUACUUAUAUUAUACCAGUAUAUGCAGCAAACCUAGGUGGCCUUUUCAAUUCCUGUAAUAUUUUCAUGAUAAUUUGGAGAUUGAGUGUUUGUAUAAUUUAUACUAUUAGGGAGUUAAACCUUUAUAAGCUGACUAAGCAAGCUGUUUCCAGUACAAUUUCAACCCAUUUUACUGGGAGAAAUUUACAGGGAGCUAUUCUUUCAUGAAAAUAAGAACAAGGGUUACAAUUAGCCUACAACAGAUGUAGUAGACAUUUUCUGACAUGUCUAUAAAACCAACCAGAGCAUUAGCAUAUUUAGAUGAUCAUGUAUAUUUUCAUGUUUGCUUAUUCUGUUUAUAUGUUUGGUUUCAUUGGCAAACAUGUUUUAAGAACAACUACUAUAAAACCUAGUCCAGCUGUUUAGAAUGGUAUACUUUAAAUUGCCUGUAUUUCAAUUUAUGGCAAGUGGUUGCCAAUGAAAACUGCAUGUUCUACCUACCAUUAUAAGUUAAGAAAUGUGUACAAGUGUUGUAUACAACUAGUCUGCCUAUGAUGUAUGUUUGAUUUGCCAUUUCAUGACCAGAUGGUUGAUUCUUGCAACUCAUUGAAAUUCUGAAAUGGAAUUUCUCACUAAUUAUUGUCUAUAUAAUAAUUAUCAAUCAGGUUUGACACUGUUUAUCAAAACUGAUCAUAAAAACAUAGACUAACUUUGUGAAUUGAUUUAUAAUAAUUUAUAACUUUUUAA